AUGGGAAGAAGAAAUCACCAUGGAAAGAGCGGAGUAAGCAUCCGUCUGAAAAGUGGAGAAGAUGAGAGAAGGAAAUUAAGAUACUUAGUCUCUUCCUCCUCCAAUUCCCAAGAAAACUCCAUCUCCGUCCCCACCAACACCGUCUCCACCCCUUCCAACUCCGUCUCCACCACCGCCAACUCUCGUGAAAGCUCCAUCUCCACCACCGCCAACACUGUCGCCUCCUCCUCCAACUCCCAAAAUAACUCCAUCUCCACCACAACCAACACCAUCACCUCCUCCUCCAACUCCCAAGAUAACUCCAUCUCCACCUUCGCCAACACCAUCGCCUCCUCUUCCAACUCCCAAGAAGUCUCCGUCUCCACGCCACCAACACCAUCUCUUCCACCUCCAACUCACAAGAAGUCUAUGUCUACAAUAUCUUCAACACCAUCUCUUCCACCUCCAACUCCCAAGAAGUCUCCGUCUCCGUCUCCACCAACACCAUUUUUUCCUCCUCCAACUCCCAAGAAAUCUCCAUCUCCUUCACCGCCAAGUGAUCAUGAUGAGUCAUCAUCUCCUAGCCAGCCAUCAAACUCACCUCCAGAAUAUCAUCAUGAGUAUCCAUUAGAUCACAUUGGACGUUGUUACAGUAACAUGAGACGUGUUGGGUUUUUUCGGGGAGAGAUGGCGUACAAUUUCUACACGAGGUUGUUUAAAGUCAGCAAGUAUUGUUGCAAUCUUAUCGUCAACAUGAAAAACGAAUGUGACGAUGUUAUUUGGGUAUACUUCCACGAUCCUCUCUUUGUUCCUCUUGUUUGUUGCACUUGUCACGUCACCUUUCUUGUUCAUUAUUAUUUUUCUUAG